CCCAAUUCCCUCGCACGCGGCGCCUCACUUCUUCUUCCUUCCCCUUCCUCCAAAAAGCAAAAAAAAACUCCUUUCGCCCCCUCCGCGACGGCGAGCCGCCGCCACGCUCCACCCUCCUCCGCCCUAGUCCCUGCUACCUGGCUGCUGCGCCCCUUCCCCGAAAAAGGAAAAUUAUUCCCCGUCCCUCCGUGCGCUCCAGGUCUUUGCCCCGCGACCGCCGCCGCCGCCGCUUGCCCUCUCCCGGCGGUCGGCUCUGUGCACAAGGGCUGUCCUGGUGCUACACGGCCACCGCACGCCGCCGAGUGUAUGCCAAGAUGCCAGCCGGGGAGAAGGAGGAGAGGGUGACCAUGGAGGUCACCGACGAGAUGCUCAAGACCAUGGAGGUCGGUCUGGCCUUCCGGGACUAUAUUGGCAGAAUUAGUUCUAUGGAUUUCCACAGCAAGGCUACAAACUAUCUGGUGACAGCCAGUGAUGAUGAAUCGAUACGCCUAUAUGACAUUCAAAAUGCUGUAUGUUUGAAGACCAUUAAUAGCAAAAAGUAUGGGGUUGAAUUGGUGUGCUUCACUACUAACCCAACUCUUGUCUUGUAUUCCUCGAAAAAUGGUUGGGAUGAAUCUCUGCGUCUACUCUCUCUAAAUGAUAACCGGUUUGUAAGAUAUUUCAAAGGCCAUCUUGACAGGGUUGUUGCUAUGUCAUUAUGUUAUGAGAAAGACAGUUUUCUCUCUGGUUCACUUGAUCGAACUGUUCUCCUAUGGGAUCUGAGGGCUGACAAAGCACAGGGCUUGCUGCGUGUGCAAGGGAGGCCCGCAGUUUCAUAUGAUGAUCAGGGUUUAGUUUUCGCAGUUGCUUAUGGUGGCUAUGUAAGGAUGUUUGAUGCUCGAAAAUUUGAGAAGGGGCCUUUUAAUAUUUUCUCCGUUGGUAAUGAUGAAUCAGAAGCCAAUAUGAUAAAGUUCAGCAGUGAUGGAAGGCGGCUUCUUUUAACCACCAAAGCAGGGUGUAUUCAUGUGCUAGAUUCAUUUCAUGGCAACAGUCUAGCAACUUACAAUGUUAAGCCAGUUGUAACCAAUUCGACAUUGGAGGCAUCGUUCAGCCCUGAUGGAAACCAUAUCAUAUCUGGCUCUGGUGAUGGUAGUGUUUUUGCUUGGAGCGUCAGAAGUGGAAAGAAGGUUGCGCGGUGGGGGAGCACAGAUAGCGAGCCACCAUUGGUUAGGUGGGCUCCAGGAUCGUUGAUGUUCUUGACUGGAUCUUCAGAACUAUCCUGCUGGGUCCCGGACCUAUCGAAGCUGGGAUCGUUUGCCGUGACCAAGUAAACUGAUUGUUCUUAUACUGACAUUUGACGGAUCAAUGCGGCUUAUCAAGUAUGCAUAUCUAAGGUAGCAAGGAUGAUCAACUUUCCACUGGCAUUCAGCUGUGAAUACGAGGAAGAAUAAGCUGUAGCACAUUGUAUGUCUAGACCGUGGCCUCUCAUCUCUCAUGUGUCGUUAGGCUUUCCGCGACACUGUUUGCCUUGGUAGAGUGUAUGUAUAACUGUAAAUUGAGCUCCUCAUUGCGCACAGAUGUGAUACUGAAUCUAAACUAUGCGCCGUGUGAACAGGUUUUCGCGAUUUAUCAUGUUUUAUCAUAUCAUGUAGCACUUCACUCA